AUGUGGGGUCAAAACAAUCUUGUCCAGUUUAACCCCUCAAAGACGCAAGUUUGCGUAUUCUCGGCUAAAAAGAGGUCUUUUGCAGUGUCACCUACAUUCCAGAGCACUCCUCUCAAAGCCACGCCUUGUAUCGGUAUUCUCGGUAUCGACAUUGCGAGUGACGUACAAUUCCGCGGUCAUCUGGAAGACAAGGCUAAAUUAGCCUCAAAGAAACUUGGGGUGCUCGCUAGAGCGAGACAGUACUUCCCGCCAGCUCAUCGCCUACUACUCUACAAGGCCCAAGUUCGGCCACACAUGGAGUACUGCUCUCACCUAUGGGCUGGAGCACCCCAGUAUCAGUUACUUCCUUUUGACCGCCUUCAGCGUCGUGCCUGCCGCAUUGUCGAUCUACCUGAGCUCACCGAUCGGCUGGAUCCUCUGGCUUUGAGGCGUGAUGUUGCGUCUCUGUGCGUAUUUUAUCGCAUAUACAACGGGGAGUGUUCUGAGGAAUUAUUUGCCUUAAUACCACCUGCACAAUUCCACCACCGUACUGCCAGACACAAGCAAAAAUAUCAUCCACACCACCUGGAUGCAUGGCGCUCGACAACCGUGCGUUUCGCACGUCAUUUCCUGCCCCGAGCUACACUCUUGUGGAACACCUUACCACCUUCCGUGUUCCCCAACCAAUACGACAUGGGAACCUUCAAGCAAAGAGCCUACACCUUCCUAAAACACCAACUUCCACCUUAA